AUGGGCAAGCGCAAAAGUUCAAGCAAGCCUCAGGGUCCCAAGAAGAAAGACCCUCUUCCUUCCAAGUUCACAUGCCUCUUCUGCAAUCACGAAGACUCCGUUGCUGUAAAGCUGGAUAAGAAAGCGGGUGUCGGUUCGCUGGACUGCAGAGUAUGCGGCCAAAUGUUCCAGUGCAGCAUUAACUAUCUCUCGGCUGCUGUAGACGUGUAUGGCGAGUGGGUAGAUGCAGCAGACGCCGUUGCAAAAGAAGCAGGGCCCAUCGGUGGAAGCCAGAACAAAAUCUCCAACGCCCGUCGCGCACCACCUAGCCGACCAGUAAACGACGACGACGAAGACGACCGGAGAUACGGAGGCGAGGGCAUUGAUGUGGACGAUGACGAAUACUAG